AUGCGUGAGGAUGCUGAAGGUGACGCUUAUCUAACGGAUAAUAUGAUUGAACGGUUGCAAACUGCAUACGAGGAUACGCUUGACUUUCUUUUAACGGUUCAAGCAGAGCUUGAGGCUGCGGAACCGCCUACUUUACCGACCGGGCCACCGAUCGCCAGCUCCUCCCUAACGCUCGAGCAUCGCGCGGCUAAAUUACCAAAAUUAGAUUUACCAACGUUUUCCAGUCAAUAUGAGGAUUGGGAAAACUUUUGUGAUUUAUUCACCACGCUCGUACACAAUGCCCCUGGUUUAGCUGAUGCGACCAAGCUACAGUACUUGAAAACUUGUUUGAAGGGUGCCGCGGCGGAUUUAGUUAAGGACGUAACAACCAUGAAUGCGAAUUAUGUGACGACGUGGCAAGCUUUAAAGGCGCGUUUUCACAAUCCACGAUUAAUUGUUUACAAGCAUUUACGGGCCCUUAUGGAUAUGCCAUUUUUAAAAAAAGAAUCUGCGACAGAGCUCCGUUCCUUUGCUGAUGAGGCUCAGCGCAUAGUUCGCGCUUUAUCGAAUUUACAGAUGCCGGUAGAUCAUUGGGAUGUGUGGUUAGUUUAUAUUUUAGCGGCGCGUUUGGAUUCCGAUUCCCAAAAGGCGUGGGAGACGGAUUUGAGUGUGCUGGAUCGUCGCAUGGUUUUGAAUAACGUCUCGGAUUUAGGGAACGUAAGUCCGCUAGAUCGAUUUCCGAAAUUCGUGGAUCUAUCUGAGUUUUUGGAAAAGCGUGUUCAGGCCCUUAGUAUGAUUGCUUUGAACGCUAGUAAAACUGAGAAAAAGCCUUCUGCUUUACCCAGACCGGUACCUGGCUCUCGAAGGGUUAGUGGGUUUCAUUCGAAAGAGAAGGGUUCGGUUGAGGCACAAAGGUCUCGCGAAGACAAGGCUUCGACGUCAUCGGGCGUUAAUAUACACACCGCUCGUGUUGUGUCGCGUAAAUAUAUGGUACUGUUAGCGACGGCUCAACUAAUGUUGGUGGGACCGCAUGGGGUGCAGACUCGUGUGCGGGCCUUGUUAGACCAAGGUUCCCAAAGUUCUUUUGUCUCCGAAUCGGUCGCUAAUUUGUUGGGUUUGCAGAAGCGUCGCGUCGAUGUUCCAUUGGUGGGCCUCGGGGCGAAGUCGGCUGGCACCGCCCAUCAGGCUACGAGUUUUAAAAUAAUAUCGCUAAUUGAUCCGUUGUUUCAAGUGGAAACGAAUGCUCUUAUUUUGUCAAAGCUCACGUCGCAGCUUCCAGCUCGAUGCCCCAUGGAGUUAGAUCUCGGUAUGUUUGCGGGAUUAUCUUUAGCCGAUCCGCAAUUUCAUAUUACAGGGUCCGUCGAUGUUAUUCUAGGCGCGGAUGUUUACGGGCAGCUAUUGCGUUCGGGCCUGCGGAGUUUUCCUCCUUCGUCCCUAGUUGCGCAGGAGACAGUCCUCGGUUGGAUUGUCUCCGGACCUGUGCUUACGGUCGGUUCACGGCGGGCGGUCGACCGUGGGACAGCUCCGUUACACGCAUUGCAUUGUGCAAGGGAGGAAGACAUAGACGAGUCGUUGCAGCGUUUUUGGACCCUUGAAGAAUUGCCAACGGUCACCGCGUCGCUUAGACCUCUAGAUGAAGCGUGCGAAAAAUUAUUUAGAGAUUCACAUGUUCGUAAUUCUGACGGUCGGUUCAUUGUACGUCUUCCUUUAAAAUCAGAGCCGCCAGCGGUUGGUCCGGAAACCAGACGUAUGGCCUUGGGUUCACUUAUGCAUAUGUAUCGUCGGUUUGCUCGCGAUCCUAGGAUAGCUUCGGCUUAUCGCGAAUUUAUGGCGGUUUAUGAAAAAUUGGGGCAUAUGGAGCGUGUUCCUGCGUCUGAACUCGAUAAUCCGCGUGCUUGGUAUUUGCCUCAUCAUGCAGUCGUGCAAUCGACGCCGUCGAACUGGAAGAUUCGUGUAGUAUUCGAUGCGUCGCGGAAAACUCGCGAAGGUCAAUGUUUGAACGAUUUUCUUUUGGCAGGGCCGGCUCUGCAGCGCGAUUUGUCGUUAAUCCUGUUAAAUUGGCGCCGGUAUCGUUUUGUAUUCACGGCGGACGUGGUUAAGAUGUUUCGGCAAAUUCGCGUUUCGCGUGGGGAUCAAGAUUUUCAAAGAAUAGUGUGGGCUCCUAGCUCGUCGGAGACGCCGGUGGAAUAUCGUUUAACAACCGUGACUUAUGGGACGGCGUGUGCUCCCUAUCUCGCGAUACGCACACUGCUGCAAUUAGCGGAGGAGGAGAGAUCGCAUUUUCCUCUUGGGGCCCGGUGCCUGGAAUCAAAUACGUACGUGGACGACACCUUUGCGGGAGCGGACGAACUUGCAGUCGCGGUGAAUAUCCGACAGGAACUCAUUGCCCUCUUACGGUCGGCAGGAGUUGAAUUAGAUAAAUGGGCCGCAAAUCAUCCUGAUCUUCUGCCUUUUAACAUGCGGCAAUCUGGGUCGGAUGAUUCGAAGUCGAUCAGUUUCGAUGAGUCCGUCAAAACGCUUGGAGUUCAGUGGAAUCCCGGUCAGGACGAAUUUCGAUUCACCACUUUAGAUUUUAAAAGUUUGUCUGGAGCGGUGACCAAGAGGUCUGUUCUUUCAAGCAUCGCUCGUUUGUUUGAUCCAUUAGGCUGGUUGGCUCCGAUCACGAUAGCUGCUAAAAUUCUGAUGCAGGAUCUUUGGAUCUUGAAGUGCGAAUGGGAUUCUGCUUUGCCAGUGGAAGUGCGAGACAGGUGGCUCGAAUAUUCCGCGGAUAAAGAGUUACGGGCUAUGUUUACAGCGGCUUCGGAUUUUUAUAAGAGUGUCGCCGCCACUCUCGCGAACGACGGAACGUCCUGGACGUUCAUCCCUCCGAAUUCUCCCCACUACGGAGGGUUAUGGGAGGCUGGAGUCAGGUCAGUCAAACAUCAUUUGAAACGGGCAAUCGGUGAUCGGCCUUUAACUUUUGAAGAGUUUUCGACGGUUUUAGUAGAAAUAGAAGCUUGCCUUAAUUCGCGGCCUCUUUGUCCGUUGAGCGCGGAUAUUGAGGAUCUGCAGGCUUUGACUCCUGCGCAUUUCCUUGGAGUUGCUUCCGGAUUGGUUCCUGAUGAACCACCCCCCGAUGUGUCAGAGAACCGUCUCGAACGUUUUCAGUUGCUUCAGUCGAUUCAGAAUAAUUUUUGGAAACGAUGGUCUGAGGAGUAUCUUCAAUAUUUACAGGAGCGUGCAAAGUGGCGGGGGCCAACUGAUAAUUUCGCGGUUGGUCAGCUGGUUCUUGUACGUGACGAUCGAUAUCCACCUUCGAAAUGGCCCCUGGGGCGCAUAACCGAAGUACAUCUCGGACCAGAUGGGUUGGUGAGAGUGGUCACGGUUCGAACGGCUACUUCCAUUUUAAAACGACAUGUUGCUAGGCUUUGUCCGUUGUGGUUAGAUAAGAAUUCACCCAAGGUUGUUACGGAAGGUACACCCACUUAA